CCAGCGCUCGCAAGAUUCGAAAAGAUUCCCCCUCUUAAAGUGACGGAUCUGAAAGCUAUCGUUAGCGAUUUGCAAGUCUCUCUCUCCUGGAAUGUAUCCGGCGUUUUACUGGGCGAAGAGCCCAACUUCAAAGUGAACAUCUACAAUCAUUCUGAAUUCGGAAAUAAAUCAGCUAAAGCUGUUUUGUCCAGAGCCAUAAAAUAUGGCCAGGAACCUCGUGUUACUUUCUCACUUCCGGCUGCAGGGAAUUAUGUGGCUGAGGUCAUUCCAUUCAUUAGAUAUUAUCUUGGUAUUCCAAGUUCAGUGAAUAUUGUCCAAACCGCUUCAGAGCGAAUAGGCCCACCAACGGAUGUGCAGUUAGCAUUUCAUUCUCCGACCUCUACCACAAUCUCUUUCACAGCACCACGGCAAACGAACGAUGACAAAGAAUGCGAGGUGAAUAUCUGCUCAACGAAAGCGCUCUCAAAGAAAUGUAGCAAAAAGUUGGUGAAACCGGGCUUGUCAUCAGCCUCAUUC